AUGGACGAUGUUGAGGAUCUAAUGUUCCAGGGAUCUAUAGAACAGGAAUUGGUUGACCAUUUUCUUGAGUGGGGUAAGGGUACCCUCCUUCAUCCUUAUAAUAAGAAGUACAUUGACUCCAGAAAUCCCAUCAAUCCCACUUUUUCAUUUCUGCUCACUGUUGCUCCCAUGCUCGCUGCUGUUGCUACUAUGCAAAAGCCCUUUCCAAGGUCAAAAGCAAUCACUUGGAUCUCGGAGUUGGUCAAAUACACAGAGGAAGAGGAAGAUCAAGAUGAAAAUGGUGGAUAUGAAAUGCCUUUUGCUACAUAUGGAAACUUGGUGACGUUGGGGUUGGAAUAUGUUCAAUUGGCAUUACUGGCUGCUUUUGGACCAAGAAAUAAUAGAUGUCAUUGGAAGCUGUACAACGGUAUCAAUGCAUUGAUGGUCAACACUUUCUGA